GACGAUCCACAAGGAGUUUUAAUCCGAGCGGCUGAACCAUUGGAAAGUCAUACUAUUCCGGUUAGUUCCCACCAAAAUGGAAAAAAAGUUUACUAUCAUACUAACGGGCCGGGCAAAUUAUGUCGAGCCUUGAAUAUUGAUAUAAGCCUUAACCACACUGAUUUAACUACUAGCAAUUUAAUUUAUUUAGAAAAUUCUCCUGAAAUUACUCCAGACCAAAUUAUUGCCACCAAAAGAGUAAAUAUUGAUUAUGCUGGAGAUGACAAAAAUCGUUUAUGA